AUGGAAGUUCCUCGAUCGAUGGAAGCCCCUCAAUCGGUGAGAUUCUCUGUUCAAGAUCCUUACGCACUACAACCUGGUGAUCAUUUCGGUUUGGUGCUGACCUCUCAACCAUUACAAGAAGAUAACUAUGCAUCUUGGAGUCGGUCAAUUCGCCUAGCGUUAAGUGGAAAGAAAAAAUUGAGAUUCAUAGAUGGAUCCAUCGCUAAACCAGGUUCAACAAUCGACCAUGUGCUUGCUGAAUCGUGGCAAUGCACGAAUGAUAUGGUUACAACUUGGCUUUUAAACUCUAUUUCAAAGGAUAUUGCUGCUAGCGUGAUCUAUGCUGGUUCUGCAGCUUUGUUAUGGCAAGACCUAGAAACAAGAUUCUCUCAAAGCAACGGUCCAAGAAUCUUUGAGCUGAAAAAGGCUUUAGUUACCCUAACUCAAGAUAAUCUCUCUGUUUCUCAGUACUUUACUAAAUUAAAAAUAAUUUGGGAAGAACUCAACACAUUUCGGCCACUUGCAAUGUGCACAUGUGGAGGAGCAAAAGCCUUCCAAUCUCAUCUUGAUAAAAAACACGUCCUGUUCUUUCUAAUGGGCUUGAAUGAUUCCUUCUCCAACAUAAGAGGUCAAAUUCUGUUAUCGGACCCCCUUCCACCUAUCUUGAAGAUUUUCUCUUUGGUUCUUCAAGAAGAGCGACAACGUGCUAUUGGCAUGGCAAAUUCUAUUGCGAUACCUCAACAAGUCGCUUUUGCCGUGAAGUCCGCUCCUGUAGCACAUCGAAGCCAGCCAGCGAAUCAAUACAGAGGAAAAGGAAAGCGAGACCGCCCGCUCUGUACCCACCGUGGUCUACUUGGUCACACACAAGAUAAAUGCUAUAAGCUCCAUGGAUAUCCACCAGGGUACAGUCAGAACAAGCAAAGGAAUUAG